AUGGCCGGAUUUCCAAACCUCGUGCCUGCUGGUCACAAGAACUACUAUCACAGCAAAACCUUGGAUGGUUAUCGAUACAUGGAAUUUGCUGCUCAAGUAAGUUUUCCAAACCUGCUACAAGUUGAUAAUCUUGAAUGGUUAUCGCGGCUUUCUGGACUCGAGCAUCUCAAUAUGAACUUUGUGAACCUCAGCAGAGCUACAGAUUGGGUGCAGUCUUGGUUACAUAUCUUGUCUGAGUUAUCUCAACAUCGCUUCCUUAACUCGUCUUGGAACAACUCUUUCAUAGGUCCAAUUCCAGCUAACAAUUUGGAGUUUGUUAUUUUGGAUUACAACGUCCUAACUGGUGCAGUUCCAGCAGGAUUUACUAACCUGUGCAAAACAAGAAGGCUGUCCUCAUCCAACAAUAAUUUCCAAGGAAAUAUAUCUGAUUUAUUUGGAAAUAUGUCGGGGUGCUUCUUGGAAGCAUUGCAAGUCCUAGAUUUUCAGUUUAAUCAAAUCUCUGGUCAGCUGAUAGAUCAAAUAGGAGAGUUUAAGAAUCUCGAAUAUCUUAAUCUCAACGAGAAUUUAUUAACUGGUCCAAUUCCGGCCAGCAUAGGAAAGUUGUCAUCUUUGAAAGUUUUGGCAUUAGGUGGUAACAAACUAACACAAAAUCUUCCUCAUAGUUUGGGCCAACUUUGUAAUCUUGAAAGAAUUCUUAUCUUUGAUAACAAGCUGGAAGGAGUAGUGACUGAAACUCUCUUCGCAAAUCUCACUAAACUCAAAGUUAUCUCAGCUUCUCACAAUCAGUUGAGUUUGAAUGUAAGCCAAAGUUGGAUUCCCCACUUCCAACUUAUUGCUCUUGGACUAGGAUCAUGGGGCUUAGGCUCCGGCUCCAAGAUUCCUUCAUGGCUUGAGACGCAGAAGAAUCUCUCGAAGUAUCUGGAUCUGUCUAAUACUGGAAUCUCAGGUAGUGUUCCAAGCUGGGUUUGGAAUACUCGGGUCUUGAAUCUCUCCCAUAACCAGCUUCAUGGAGAGAUCCCAGAUGCCGGUGGCGCUGCUCAGUUUAUAUACUUAAAUUCUAACAAACUCAAAGGCCAAUUGCCUCGAGUUGGAGAUGCUUUGCAGGAGCUGGACCUGUCCAAUAAUUCAUUCUCUGGAAGCAUACCUCACUUUCUAUGUGAUGAGACAUAUCCAACAUAUUCAUUCGAGAUUCUUCAUCUGGGAGAGAAUCUAUUGAGUGGGGAAUUGCCAGAUUGUUGGAACAAAUGGGCUUCUUUGAGAUAUCUGAGCCUAGGCAAUAACCAAAUAUAUGGAAGAAUUCCAAAUUCUAUUGGAUUUCUUGCGAAUCUGGAAUCUUUGAAUCUUCAAAACAAUAGAUUCUCUAGGGAGAUACCUUUUUCAAUGCAUAACUGCAUUAAGCUGGUGAAGAUUGGGCUUGCAGAUAACAACCUUGUAGGGAACAUACCGGCGUGGAUAGGAACAAGCUUAGUCGGGUUGAGGAUUCUGAUACUGCGCUCGAACAACAUGAGUGGUGAGAUCUCUUCAGAGAUUUGCCAGUUGAGCUAUCUCCAGAUAUUGGAUCUCUCCAACAAUGAACUCUCAGGCAUAAUACCAAGGUGUUUUCAUAAUUUCACUGCAAUGGUUAUGAAGAAGAGUUUGUCAGAUCUAUUCAGACAGUAUGGAAAUGAGAAAUCAUGGCACUCUUACUCCCUUUUCAAUGCAGGAGGGUUCAGAGAGAGCGCAUUGAUAGUUAAAAAAGGCGGUAAACUGGAGUUCGACAACAUUCUUCCCUUGGUUACCAGCAUCGACCUUUCAAUGAACAGUCUGUCUGGAGAAAUCCCAAAUGAGUUAACAAGUUUGUCGGAGUUGGGAUCCUUAUACUUGUCAGGCAAUCAGCUAACAGGUUUGAUCCCCGAGAAUAUUGGAGAAAUGAAGCAGUUGGUAUCUCUUGAUCUAUCAAGAAACCCCCUUUAUGGUCGAAUUCCCAGCAGCCUUGCAUCCAUAUCCGGUUUGGGUUAUCUCGACUUGUCUUACAUCAACUUGACAGGAAGGAUUCCAGACGGCACGCAGCUCCAGAGCUUCAAUGCUUCAAGCUUCGUCGGUAACCAUCUCUGCGGCCUGCCAUUGACAAGCAACUGCAGUGAAGGAGGAAUUAAAGAGAUGAAGGAGAAAGUUGCAGAGGUUGAGUGGUUUUAUGUGCUGCUGUCUUUGGGUUAUGCAGUGGGAUUUUCAGUGGCUUGCACAGCAUUAGUGUUGAAGACGAGGUGGAGAUAUGCAUAUUUUGGGUUGAUAGAGAGGAUGUGGAUAAGAUUCACAACAUCUACAUAG